AUGCAAUUCCGUAUGCCAAGGCAGUGGGUCUUCGUUUUCCUUCUUUUGCAGUUUAUUCUCUGCUAUUUUUAUUAUUACAUUAUUUCCCGUAAUGCAGCCCAUGUCGGCAAGGCAGACAAAGACAUGCAGUGGUUUGAUGGAAUCCGUGAAACUACUACAAAAUUUCCUAAAGAAUCCUUGGUGAACUGGCGAUCACUACUGGAGGGAAAACAACUGACGGCCGAUGUCGACUGGACAAAAAUUGAACUAAAGCCAUCGCCUAAAGCCGAGGACAUGAACGAUAAGUGGAUUGUGCUCACUUCUAUAAAUGCCCCAACAAAAGAUGUGAAGAGGUUAGCUGCUAUCACAGGUUGGAAAGUUGUUAUAGUCGGAGACAAAAAGACUCCACAGGAUUGGAGGUAAGUAGAUGUGUCGUUACUUAUGAGCUGUUUCUCGACGGUCUCAUUCUGUAAAUAUUUUCUGUGCGAAGAAUCCCCAGCUUUCAUUUUCAACCGACUUUACACACAUGAUAGCCUCAGAAAACAGCCGACAUUUGGCGACGCUACCACGGGUGGCCCAAGCGUAAUCUGGGAGUCUGUAUGAGGAAUAAAGAGUAUGAAACUUACCGGUAGGCCCUGUUCAAACGUCGAACUUUACAUGUUCGGCACAUGUAAAGUUCGACGUAUGAAUCAAUUAGGAACAGCACUUUUGUAUAUGGGUCGACUUUACCAUUCUAUUCCACUGAGCUUGUCGAAUAGAGCGGCAAAAGAUCGACUUCGAUUCAUACGUCGUACUUCACAUGUGCCGAACCUAAAUUUGCAUAAACUAUGGUAACAUAUUUAACAAUUAAUGAAUGAGGCUGAGUAUCUUAUGAAGAAUUAUGGUGAUCGAGGAGGGUGUUAUCGGCCGAGGUAGAUAACACCCUCCGAGAUCUCCAUAAUUCUUCAUAUGAUACGAAAACCGAAUUCAAUAAUUGUUUUAUUAUUCAUUCAAAAUGAUUCCUAGUUUAAAAACAUGGCUAAAACAUGCUUACCUCCAUCGAUCCAUCGAUGUUAAGUUCAUCUUCGAUAGUGCACCUUUAGAUUUGUCCAGGUCCGCAAAUAUUCUCCAAACAGCAGAUGUCGCCCUUCAAGUUGUCUUGUUGCUGUUCUUGCCACGUUUUUAACUAUUUUUUCACCCAGUUCUUACUCUUGAAACAAGUGAAAUGUCCGCCAUUUUUUGUUUUUACGACCAAAACAACUCAACCUUGUCCCCAGGUCUUCUCAGUCAACGGUGCCUUAACCUGCACAAACGCUGCAUUUUUGACGUCAUUUCCUCGUUAAACACAAAAUUCUUCCAAAUUUGGUCAUCAGUAACUGGUUAUGGUGAAUUAUGCUUGUGCUUUUAGCCAGUCAGAAUCGGGGAAAUAUUUUGAAUGAAAAUUUGCUUAUUCUUUGUCUAUGUAAAGUUUGGUGCCAAAGGGAUUAAUUGAAAUGAAAAAAACGGGGGGUCACCAUGCUUGCCUUAGGAUUAGGGUAAUAUUUUGAUACUUAGGUGCCUCUCACAAAUUUUAUUAAAUUUUCCAUCAGAAACUAUUUUGGAGUUUACAACGAUGAAAUAAAAUCACUCCAGUAAAUACUCUGCAAGAACUUAGUUCAUCGUUAAGUAAAUAAGUUGGUUGGUAUCAGGGUUCCCGACAGGUUUUUUAACCCCCAAUUUUUUUGGUGGCACAAGGCACCUUGCAAGCACAGAAGGCGCAAGCUUCCUUGGGGGGGGGGGGGGGUUAUUAAAUUACUCGCAAGAAAUUUGUUUAUGGUUAAAGAAAGAGGGUGGGUGGUAUCAGGGUUCCCCGAUGGUUUUUUUACCCCCAUUUUUUUUGGGGGCAACAGGCCCCCUGGAAGACAAGAAGGGGCAACGUUCCUGGGGGGGGGGGGGGGUCUGGGGGGAUGCUCCCCCAGGAAAUUUUUAAAACAGAACACUCAGAAACACCGUUUUCAGUGUUUCUGGAACUUGAGAUUCAGUUUCCCAGGAAAGGCUGGAGUUCACUCAAAUUUGGAGAAAUGAUAAGUCGAACAAUUUUUAUAAGUUUGCAAAUCAGCAUUUAAAUUUAAUAUUUAUUGUACUACAACAAUUCAUAAAAUCCAUAAUUCUGUGAGGUGCAUUUUGCUGAUGUCCUGUGAGUUGAAGAACUCCAAAUUCAAAAGAUCAGUUGAUCGCUUUCAAUAUCGCAUGUGUUAAUUUUUUUCUUGAAAUGCUGUCUGUCAUUUGUUUCUAUUUCAAACUCUGAAAGUUUUAAAAGUCAUAUUUUGAUUGUUGAUAAGGGAAAUAUAAGCUAAACCUGGUAAAAUAGUGACCGCAUUAGUAAAGAACCACCAUGAGACAUUGUUUUGGGUUUUUUCCGGUAAGGAAGGUAUUACCCUUUCCACUGCUCAUCCUCAGAUGAAAGACUGAGUCAGACUCAUCAUGCCUGUAGAUUUAACCUUACAGAAGUACAUCGUUUUCUCUUGGCCUUCGAGGAAAAAAAUUGUUUAUUCUCUUCAGUUUCGACCAAUACAUGUAGUGUGUUUUGCCUGGGGAUUUCCCUUAAGACCAAGCAUGAAUGAUAACAAAAAUAAUGGUCACUCCAAUUUUAUUUAAAUGAAAAGGGAAACCAAUCAAAUAGCAAAAAAACAAAAAAAAGUAAUGUGGUUGUUUUGCAGAAUUUAAUUGCUUAUUUUGUUAUCCUCUAGUCAGUAAGUUCAUGAGUUGCUCAAGUAAAAAAAAGUAUGAUAAUAAAAAAAAUAAAUAAAACCCGUCAAAUAGUGGCUUUAAAGUACAGUGAAACCUCUAUUAAGCGGAAACCUUUGGGACCUUCCCAAGUGUCCGCUUAAUAGAGGGUGUCCGCUUAAUAAAGGUUGUAAAAAUUGCGCAAUGUUUGUUAAUGAUCAACAUUCAACGGUUACUCUGUACUGUGAUAAAGUUCCACGUUGUUAAAGAAGCUAUCCAGAGUUCAAGUUCAUUACCUUUCAUUGCCAACUUUAAUUUGUUUGUAAAUGCCAAAACAUUAACUGACUUCAGUAGGUAUUUCAAGAUUUCAAGGAUGAAAUUUAAUACUACUAUUGUCAAUUCAGUCCAGUGUCCGCUUAAUAGAGGUUUAUAACAAUAGAAAUUAGCCAAGUACAAUAUAUUUUUUGUGUCCACAUCUGCUUAAAAGAGGUGUCUGCUGAAUAGGGGUUUGUUAUAAAGGGACUUGAUAAGACGUAAAUUUCGGGACCCCACUUAGUGUCCGCUUAAUAGAGGGUGUCCACUGAAUUGGGGGUCGGGUUAACAGAGCUUUCAGUGUACCAGACAUAGAAUGGCCAACAACCGGACGAAACAUCCGGCCUCCAGCCUCAAGAGAAAACCCUGUGGUAUAAUUAUGUUAGAAGAAAUGCAAGGCCAUACAGAUCUUUUCAAAAGUCAUCUUAUACUUGUAAUGUAAUUUGCUAGUGACUUUGUCUUGUUGUAGUAUAAAGUUAACAUGGUUUGUUGUCAUCCUGGACGAUUAAUUUUCCUGCAUGUUACUAUAAUAUUUGACAUAAGAGUCUUUUUUCAGGCAAUCCAAUAAUGUCCAGUUAUCCUGUUUUAGGUCGUUUGCACCCUAUAAAAUAACAGUAUCAAUUUGUGGUGAUUUUCAAUGACCAGCAGCAGAACACACCUUCUAUGCACACCGAAAAUGAUAAUAAGAUCUCCCAAGGAGAACUACCAGCUUAAUGAGUCUUCAUUUUGCCACAUCCACUGUUUGGACAAGUUAGAUGUAGGAAUUUUCCAAGCUGGGAUUCGUAUACUUGAAGUACAUCACAAUUCAAGCCAAAAUAAUUGUACAUUUCUUUUUUCACACAGACACAGCGACUUCCAGGUGUUUGAUGAACUAAGUUUAUCAUUCCUCACAACUCGCACUUCUUGGCACACUUUCAGCUACUUAAACCUGCAUUAUCACGCUGGCCAGAUUUAUCGCUUUUUUACAGCGUAUUUCUAAAUCAUAAAUCAUACAGUAUCGAAUUUAAACAAAGGAGGGCUAUGUCAGUAAGAAAAUACAAGAAUAUCGACGUGAAAAACAAUGAUAAGCGACUGCUGGAUAAGCUGUACAUGUAGUUGUUCGUGUUGUGUACUCAAGCUGUAGGCUAAAUGAAAUAACUGACAAAAAGCUUUUGAAAGAGCAAAGCAAUUCAAAAAAGCAACUGAAUCAAUCUCAUACAGCAAAAAGGGCAGAACUGCAAACAGAGCAAAAAUGUCAAAAGUACAGUGCAUACAUGUGAAAGCAAGAUUGUGCUACUUACAGCAUAGGUUAAAGCUGGUUAAAGCAAUGCUAUGAGCCAACUGUUUUUCAUUAUCUUUAAUAGCGGUUUUCCCAGCUGAUUUGCUUGAUUCUCCCUUCAGAGCAAUUCCUUCUGAGCAAUUUUUUUAUUAAUUGCAAUUGCAAUAACAUUAUCAAAAUACAAAAAUAUGGAACAAGACACUUCUCCAAAAAAAAAAGAAAGAGAGAGAGAGAAAAAAAAAACUAUAAACACCAUGCUACUUCCACUAAUCUUGUCUGAAUAAUAAAAUUCACUUUAAAGAACGCUCUUAAAAGCGGCUAGUCUCACUUGCUUGGAGAUUAUAAAAGAAAUGAGGAGGCGUUAAAUUCUAUAUGAAACAGGAUUUCCUCGCUAAAAAUUGUUCAUGUUCAACUUUAUUGUAAGUCAAGUAUUCUUCAGGGAAUUUUACUUUUUAUAUCGUAUUCAAUGAUUUGUUCCUGAAUUAAUCAAUGGUCCUGGUGGAGGCCAGUGAUGUUCUUGAUUUUUCACUUUUUCUACUGAAAUGUUUGUUUGUUGUUGUUAUUGUUGUUGUUAUUCCCCCUCCCCCCCACCCCUCCAAGAAAGUUAUAGUUUUACUCUGAAAAUACUCUUUUGAAAAGCUUAGCAUGUAAAAGAUGUUGCAUAAAAAAAGUAUGUUGUGCUUUAACUACUUCCGGUUCAGAAUACAUGUAUCGUUCUAACAUUUUUAUUAGACAUACAUAAAUCACAGUAAGAGGGUACAGUACCUAAAUGUUGUGUUGCCACUGAAUGUUUUUUUGUACAGCCAUUUUAAACGAAAUUUAUUACUCUAGCAAUUUUGCAAAAUUCUUAAAGUAUUGUUACUGUAUGCAGCAAACAUUAUUGUUCUGUGUUUUCUUAUUCAGUCAUCCCAAUUGUGUCUUCUUGGGUGUGGAGAAACAAAAGACCUUGGGUUACCGCAUCCAUGACCUGCUUCCUUACAAAAGCUAUUCUCGGAAGAACAUGGGUUACCUCUAUGCUAUUCAACAUGGUGCAAAAAUGAUCUAUGAAACAGACGAUGAUAACUCGCCCACAGAAGGAAAAAUCACUUUCUAUCAGAAAGACUCUGGAAAAUUUCUUGUCUACAAGACUGAUUCUCCUGUGGUAAAUCCUUAUGAACACUUUGGACAAAGCACCAUUUGGCCCCGGGGGUACCCCCUAGAUUUCAUUAGCGAACCCCCGGCUCGAACAUUUGUCGAAUGCGAAGGAGUGGACACGUCAGUGCAACAGGGGGUGGUAAAUGGAGAUCCAGAUGUAGAUGCAAUAUUUCGACUCACAAGAAAAGACAAAGGUGUUGAUCUUGACGUAGAGUUUGAUGGCGAUGCUCCACCUGUUGUACUUCCCCAGGGUACCUUUGCUCCAUAUAAUUCUCAAAACACGCUGUUCUUGCACAGGGCUAUGUGGGGACUGCUGCUACCAGGAACGGUGACUCUUCGAGUAACUGACAUCUGGCGUGGCUACUGGAAUCAGCGGUUAAUGUGGGAUGUUGGAACGCAACUGUCAUUUUUUGGGCCAAAUGCUUACCAAUUUCGAAAUGCACACAACUACUUGUUAGAUUUCAAAGAGGAGAAACUGCUUUAUUAUGAAGCCCCAGGAAUGAUUAAGUUCUUAAAGGAGUGGAAAUCUGACAAACCAGAUUUCUUCAGCAGAGCACUUGACCUAAGCAUUGCAUUUGCACAACAAGGCUUCUAUGGCUGGAAUGAUGCCAUGUUGACAGAAGCCUGGUUAACUGACUUGGUUAGUAUUGGGUACAAGAUGCCAGAUAUAAAUCCUCUUCCCAGGCCAUGUAGAAAGGUCGUUGGUGACGAGAAGGAACUACGUACAAAAGAGCAGCCGUCUUCAUAUCUACGUGCAGGGAAGAAUUUGAAAAGCUUAGUUUCCUAG